UUGAUUAUGAAAAACACAUUUGAUCCCCGCAGCUGAGAUUGCUAUUUGCGCUAUUUGUCUGUGAUCGGGCACUUUGCUUUUGGGCUAACCGAGCUCAUCGGUCCGGCAUCAGGGAGAUGGAGCAGAGGAGGAAGGCCAAAUCUGGGAUAUCUGUGUCCCAUCCUGACAAAAAGGACUGUGAUGAGUGCCAGUUCCUGACUGGACAUGUGGAGCACUAGGUAAGAUCCAGUGGAGGAGACGCUGCUUCAGACACUGCCCUGCCUUUAGACAAACAGGAUUUGAACCCAGGGGUCACGGACUCUCCAUAGCCAGAGGAGACAAUUCUUCAGUGUUAUUAUCGGAAAUGGCUAAUAAUAGAUGACAAGAAAGCCAGAGCGCACUUUUGGCGGAGUCUUCUUGUGUAGCAGCCGUAGCGAGAGAAGACAGACGUCCUCAACUUGGGUAAAUCAUGAUCCCCAUAACUGAGCUACGCUACUUUGUGGACACACAACCUACAUAUCGCAUCCUAAAGCCAUGGUGGGACGUGUUCACCGACUAUUUAUCCGUCAUAAUGCUGAUGAUCGCAGUGUUCGGGGGAACUCUUCAGGUCACGCAGGACAAGAUGAUCUGUCUACCUUGCAAAUGGGUAGUUAACAAGACCUGUAGGAAGUAUUUCAAUGCAACCUUUUCCGUGCCAUUGGCUCUUGAGCCUCAAGGAAUCCAGUAUGACCUCGAUCGCCAUCAGUACAACUAUGUCGACGCUGUGUGCUAUGAAAACAAGCUUCACUGGUUUGCUAAGUAUUUCCCCUAUCUGGUGUUGCUGCAUACACUCAUCUUUCUGGCUUGCAGUAACUUCUGGUUCAAGUUCCCUUGGACGAGCUCUAAACUGGAGCAUUUCGUGUCUAUCCUACUCAAGUGUUUUGACUCGCCGUGGACCACAAGAGCUCUCUCUGAAACUGUAGUAGAGGAAAGCGACCCUAAAUGUCUGGUGAAAAUGAACGGUAGCUUUGAUAAGAAGGCUUCGUACGUUAGCGAAGACGUCGAGGCCAGCGUUCCCAUGCUGUCCACAACAAGAUCUCGUAUUGAACAAGGAAUCGUGGACCACUCUGAAACUGGAGUCCUAGACAAAAAGGAAGGCGAACAAGCAAAAGCGUUAUUCGAGAAAGUGAAGAAAUUUCGAAUUCACGUUGAGGAAGGCGAUAUUGUCUACCGACUCUACAUCCGACAGACCAUCAUCAAAGUUGUCAAGUUUAUCCUCAUUAUCUGCUAUACUGGCUACUAUGUCCAUAAUAUUCAGUUCAACGUAGACUGCAAUGUGGACAUCGAAAGUCUUACCGGUUAUCGCAUGUACAACUGCGCCCAUCCCUUGGCCACUCUCUUCAAGAUCCUAGCCUGCUUUUACAUCAGCCUAGUGAUUGUGUAUGGCAUGAUCUGCGUGUACACCCUCAGCUGGAUGCUCCGGCGCUCCCUCAAGAAGUACUCGUUCGAGUCGAUUCGAGAAGAAAGCAGCUAUAGUGACAUCCCAGAUGUGAAGAACGACUUUGCCUUCAUGCUGCACAUGAUUGACCAAUAUGAUCCACUUUAUUCCAAACGGUUUGCCGUGUUCCUCUCAGAGGUGAGUGAGAACAAACUUCGCCAGCUGAAUCUUAACAAUGAAUGGACUUUGGAAAAACUUCGGCAGAGGAUCACCAAAAACUCCCAAGAGAAGCUGGAACUCCAUUUGUUCAUGCUGAGUGGGAUUCCAGACACAGUUUUCGAUUUGGUGGAGUUGGAAGUUCUGAAACUUGAGCUCAUCCCUGACAUUACCAUUCCACCAAUUAUCGCCCAGCUUACAAACCUCAGAGAGAUGUGGCUGUACCACACACCAGCCAAAAUAGAGGCUCCAGCUUUGGCGUUUCUCAGAGAGAACCUGAAAUCGCUGCACAUCAAGUUUACCGACAUAAAGGAGAUCCCUUUAUGGAUCUACAGCUUGAAGAAUUUAAGUGAGUUGCAUCUCACUGGGAAUCUAAGUGCUGAUAACAAUCGCUACAUCGUCAUUGAUGGUCUACGAGAGCUGAAGCGGCUCAAGGUUUUGAGACUCAAAAGUAACCUUACAAAGCUGCCUCAGGUCGUCACAGAUGUUGGCAUGCAUCUUCAGAAAUUGUCCAUCAACAAUGAAGGCACCAAACUAAUGGUGCUCAACAGCUUGAAGAAGAUGGUGAACCUAUCAGAGCUGGAGCUUGUGCGCUGCGAUCUCGAGCGAAUACCGCAUUCAAUCUUCAGCUUGCACAAUUUACAGGAGAUUGAUCUGAAGGACAACAACCUGAAAACCAUUGAGGAGAUCAUUAGUUUUCAGCAUCUCCAUCGACUUGUUUGUCUGAAGUUGUGGUAUAACCAGAUUGCAUACAUACCUAUCCAAAUAGGUACAUUGAUCAACUUGGAGCGCCUCUAUUUGAACCGCAACAAGAUCGAGAAGAUGCCACAUCAGCUGUUCUUCUGCCGGAAGAUGAGGUUUCUUGAUCUGAGCCAUAAUAAUCUGACUGACAUCCCGUCAGAAAUAGGAACUCUGCAAAACCUGCAAUACCUUGCUGUAACUGCCAACAGAAUUGAGUCUCUCCCCCCAGAGCUGUUUCAGUGUAAGAAGCUGCGCACGCUGAACCUGGGAAACAACUGUCUGCAGUCUCUGCCCUCUCGUUUCGGGGAGCUCACCAGCCUGACACAGCUGGAGCUCAGGGGCAACCGGCUGGAGUGCCUUCCUGUGGAACUGGGCGAGUGCCGACUGCUAAAGAGGAGCGGACUCAUUGUGGAGGACAGCAUCUUCAACACUUUACCUCCAGAGGUCAAGGAGCAGCUUUGGAGGACUGACAAAGAGGCUUCCUGAAGCAGACCACUCAACCAGAGCACUUGCCCUUGUGAGGAAUUCAAUGAGCAAUAGAAAGACGAUACCAGUUUGUCACAUUUCAUUAGAAUGCUUCCUGAAGAAAAGUGAGUAUUAUCAAAGUCCCUUUAAGGCAAGUCAUUUCACUCGGUGGCCAUCUUUGAAACACCUCUCGGGUGUUCUGUUUGAAUGGGGAAACAUCUAAUUCUCCAAAAUUGCUUGUGAUAAAAUUUCAUAUUAAGAAUCAACAAUGAAAUUAAACAGCAUCUGUCUAUUUAGUUUCAUUUCUAAACGUUCGAAUCUGCAGCAACUCGUAAAAGAAUCGUCAGUCUAUAUUGAUUGCUGAUUGGCUCCUGUACUAAAAGGCGGGGCUUCCUUCAGCAUAUUGACCGGUACACUUUUCCCCAUUCAAAACCAUACGAGUGACGUGUCUUGUGUUUUCUAUAGUCUUUGAUAUUAUUCUGUGUUUUAUUAUAACACAGUGUUUCUGUUGAUGGACAGUAAGGGGUGAGCAGACCAAAUAUUAGAUCACAGUUAAGGUGCUGUUCGUUUUUGCCUUAAUAAUACACAAACACUAUUAAGUAUUAUAUUCUAAACAUUUUUACAACAUUUUAUACCAGCGUUAUUGUGUGUUACUGUGUUCGUGUGAAAUCACUCUACUGUUACCUAUUCAUCAAUCUAUUCACCUGUGUUAUUCACGACUGAUGUACUUUUAUUUUUGCAUCUCUGAUAUGUGAACGAAUAAUUAAUAUAUUAUAAAGACACUUUUUUUUGUUUUAUCUAUACAUACCAUGUACAUUGUACAACACAAUAUUGUGUUUUAAAUUACAUAAAUUGCGUGAAUUGUAGUAUUAUCUACAUUUCAAGGGUUUAUAAACAUGCAUAAUUCAAAGAUUCAUCAUUUAAAAGUCACCUACAAACAUUAAUGAGUGUUAUUAAGCAUUAUUGGUUGCUUAAAUUAUUUCUAAUGUGUGCAGUUUUGCUGUAUUUAUUAAAGGUCCUGUGAAGUGCUUCGAAAUAUGUUUUUUUAUUCGAUGUUUGACAGAAUCUCAACCAGAACACGAAGAGAGGGUGGGACAUAGUGUAGCCCCUCCCCCUUUUUAAAACAGCCAAUAGCGUUUCGUUUUGUCUCCACUCUGCCAGUGAGAGUGGUUGAGCUCAAGCGCAUCAAAUGAAAAGCAAAUGAGAAGUGUCUUGAAGGGGCGGGGCCUGUUAGAUACUAGAGAGCAUUUGAUUGGCUAUGAUUUGAUGAGAAACUGAAGUAUAAGGCGACAUGGAUAAAAACGUUGAUCCAUUUUGGCAGAAGUGGCAAACUAAAAGAUUUACAUGUUUUUAUCAGUUUUAUGUCUUCUAAAGAAGAAAUUGUGUCACCGUUUUGAAGCACACUAGCUUAUAGAUAUCUUAAAAGCUAACAAUACUGGUACUAACAUUUGGAAAACUUUAUUUUAAUUUCAUGGGACCUUUAAAUGCUGCAAAACAUUUUUUAAAUGUACACAACAAUCUACAGCUAUGGAAAAGAGAAACAAAGUGGUCUCUUAACUGUUUUUAUUUGAAGAUUAUAGUUAUGUGUUUGAGUAAAACAUGAUAAUGGUUUGUUCCACAGCCUAAUAAUGACAAUUUGUCUACAUUUAAAAUGUAAAUGUUGUCAUUUAAAGCAUCUUUGCAUAAAAUGAGAGUUGAUCAUAGUAACAAAAAUCGCCAUGUUUUCAGAGAUGUUUAUAUUCAUUAUUAGACAACACAAUACUAAUGAAUUCAGAAAAGUUAGCCGUGACUGUAACAUCAGAAUUGUCUGGUUUUGUCCAUAGCUUAUCAAAAAUAAAUAAAUUUUUACAUUUGAGUGGUGUCAGGAACACAAUUUAACCUUAGUAAUUAGUUAAAAAAAAUUUCUCGGAGUGAAAAUUAAGGUGGCUCAGUGGUUAGCACUGUCGCCUUACAGCAGUCCCUGGUUUGAGUCCCAGCUGGGCCAGUUGGCAUUUCAGUGUGGAGUUUGCAUGUUCUUGCUGUGUUGGCGUGGGUUUUUCCGGGUGCUCCCAUUUCCCCCAGUUCAAAGACAUGCGCUAUAGGUGAAUUGGGUAAACAAAAUUGGCUUGUGUGUGUGUAUGUGAUAGUGUAUGGGUGUUUUUCAGUACUGGGUUGUGGCUGGAAGAUUAUGGAAUAGUUGGCGGUUCAUUCCGCUGUGGCCACCCCUGAUAAAUAAGAGACUAAGCUGAAGGAAAAUGAAUGAAUGAAUGAAAUUAAAUUAAAUGAAUGAAAUGAAAAUUAAAGGCUAAAAACGUAAUUUUUUGCGUAAUAACCCUGAUUGAAAAUAUUUAUUUUUCUGAGCGGUCAUCUUUUUCUGGAUAAAUCAAAAUAAUUAUAUUCAUUAUUAGACGGCACAAUAAUAAUGAAUUCAGAAAAGCUAACUGUAACAUUGGUUAACGUUUUUUUCCAUAGUUUAUCAUUAAAAAUCUAAUUUUUUGCAUUUAGUGGUGUCAGGAACACAAUUUAAUCUAAGUAAUUGAUCAAAAAGAUUUAUCGGAGUAAAAAUUAAAGGCUAAAAACCUUUUUUGUGUAAUAAUUUAUUAUUCUGACCAGUGGAAAAAUGCACUUAAUGGCAAUCAUUUUAUUUGAAAUUUGGAAGAAAUGUUCAAUCUAUAAUCGAUCUAAUUUUUCCAGGUCAAUUUUUUUAAUUACUUUCCCUACCGAGUCACGGGACCCUGCUGAACUGAGAAACGUUCAGCACUUUGCAGCCAGGUCUGAUCUCCAUGGCGUUUUUUCAAUGACAAAUGUCGUGAGCGCAGUAUUACAAGUUGAGAGCUCAUUCAUGUAAUACGAGUGUGCGAAUCUCUUUGUCUUCGCGUGCCGAUUUCCAAAACUUAUUGCGCACUCUCAAAUCUACACUGCUGAUUUAAUAUCACUUUUUUUAGAAGUGACAGUUGGUUCUAGGCAAUGUGUGUUUUAAUUUCAGUUGUUCAACGAUGUUUAAUAAAUAAUCAUAGAUAGUAGAUAGUGUUUCAGUUAACAUAAAAUCAAAUAAUGAACCCUUCAUUCAAAAAGCUCUCGUAAUAUGUGAGCAUAUUUACUAAACUUUUCGUUAAACUAUGAGGCCAGUAAUAAUGAUCGCUCAUUAAUCGUAGUCGUGUUAAAAUGUUCAAUUAAUCGAGAGUUUGAUUUUAGGCCCUAACUGCUUAAAAACGUAUUGCGCACUCAAAUAUACGCCACAGAUUUAUUUGAACUUUUUUAGAAGAAGUGACCUUCAUGUAAUAUGAGCGUGCGAAUCUCUUUGUCUCGCAUGCCGAAUCUCUUUGUCUCGCACGCCGAUUUCCAAAACUUAUUGCGCGCUCUCAGAUAUACGGCGCUGAUUUGUUUUGACAUUUUUUGGAGGUUUUAGGCAAUGUGUGUUUUAAUUUCAGUUGUUCAACGUUGAUAUUCAAUAAACAAUCAUAGAUAGUAGAUAGUAUUUCAAUUUAGUUAAAAUCAAGUAAUGCACCCUUCAUUCAAAAAGCUCUCGUAAUAUGUGAGCAUAUGUACUAAACUUUUCGGUAAACUACGAGGCCAGUAAUAAUAUUAAUAAUAACAAAUAAUAAUAAUAAUAAUCGCUCAUUAAUCGUAGUCGAGUUAAAAUGUUCAAUUAAUCGGAUUUUGAUUUUAGGUCAAAUCGCCACUGCUUAAAAACGUAUCGCGCACUCUCAAAUAUACGCCACAGAUUUAUUUGAACUUUUUUAGAAGAAGUGACAUUCAUGUAAUAUGAGCGUGUGAAUCUCUUUGUCUCGCAUGCCGAUUUCCAAAACUUAUUGCGCGCUCUCAGAUAUACACCCCUGAUUUAUUUUGACUUUUUUUGGAGGUUUUAGGCAAUGUGUGUUUUCAUUUCAGUUGUUCAACGUUGAUAUUCAAUAAACAAUCAUAGAUAGUAGAUAGUAUUUCAAUUUAGUUAAAAUCAAGUAAUGCACCCUUCAUUCAAAAAGCUCUCGUAAUAUGCGAGCAUAUUUACUCAACUUUUUCUGUAAACUACGAGGCAAGUAAUAAUAUUAAUAAUAACAAAUAAUAAUAAUAAUCGUUCAUUAAUCGUAGUCUUGUUAAAAUGUUCAAUUAAUCAGAUUUUGAUUUUAGGCCAAAUCGCCCAGCCCAAACUGCUAAAAAACGUAUCGCGCACUCUUAAAUAUACGCCACAGAUUUAUUUGAACUUUUUUAGAAAAAGUGACGUUCAUGUAAUAUGAGCGUGCGUCUUUGUCUCGCACGCCGAUUUCCAAAACUUAUUGCGCGCUCUCAGAUAUACGCAGCUGAUUUAUUUUGACAUUUUUGGGAGGUUUUAGGCAAUGUGUGUUUUAAUUUCAGUUGUUCAACGUUGAUAUUGAAUAAAUAAUCAUAUAGAUAGUAUUUCAAUUUACUUAAAAUCAAGUAAUGCACCCUUCAUUCAAAAAGCUCUCGUAAUAUGUGAGCAUAUUUACUCAACUUUUCGGUAAACUACGAGGCCAGUAAUAAUAAUAAUAAUAAUAAUCGUUCAUUAAUCGUAAUCGAGUUAAAAUGUUCAAUUGAUCGAAAUUUUGAUUUUAAGCCAAAUCACCCAGCCCUAACUGCUAUAGAAUAAAACAAAUAUGAUCAUUUUACUCAAACACGUGCCCAGUAAAUACAUAGAAACUCCGAAUUGUCAUGUGGUCUAUCUCCUUAGUAUGAAUAUGCAUAUCAGUAUUACUUUACAUUUGUUUUAAAGUUAGAAAAAAGCCUUCGUUACAUUUAUACCUUACAAAUCCAGCACCUUGUUUUCACCAGUCUGCUCUACUUAGCAUGCCUUGAGAAUGAAGUAUUAAUCCUUUCCAAUUAACAGUUUUCCUUUGCAAUGCAUUGUAUCCACUUGACAGACAUGUAAACAUUCACAAUGAACUUUGCACUACAUGUUCUCUCCUCUUCCAUUUAUACUACUAUACUACAUACUGUGUGGGUGUGUUUUCUGUUAAGACAAUCAGAAGUAUUUAGUGAAGUGUGUGUGCGAUAUAUGCAAGACAUUGGCCGAAUUUUAAUCGAGUGUGUGAUGCAGGUUGGUAUUUUAAGUCAGUUAUUUGCUUGUAGUGGAAUCUCAUAACAUGUUAUAUACAGUAGUAAUGGCCAUUGAUGCUAACAAAUGUACGGUUGAUAGGUAAUUGAACAUAGCUUGUUGCAUGUUUACCCAUAUUACCUCAAGGAUUGUCAGAUUUCUGAAGGAAGCAUUUCGUUGUUGUUGUUUUUUCCAUAAAUACACAUUGAAAACUUAAGCUAAGAGUAUUUCCGAAUUUGUUACUCAGGUAAGUGCCGUUCAACUUUCUACAAUUGAAGCUCUUCGUUUUUUUAAUGUCAGUGUUAUUUUUUUAUUUAAUGAAGUCACUGUUUCCAGUGUUGACAUGUUUGUAACCAUUUGAUAUGGCGGAUGACUUGAUCUGUAUUCUGUAAACUCUCUAUUGAUUCUUUUUGUUUGAUUGUUUUGCGAAUCAAAUGAUGUAAAAUAGGAGUUUAAUUAAUGCCACAAAAUGUACCAAGCCAUACGGAGUAAAUAAUCGCUCCGUUUUGUUAGUGUGUCAAUAAACGUCACUGAAAGUGUU